CCUUUACACUCGGAAGACUGAAGAGCCAGUCCGCCCCCGUACGGCCAUACCAUAUCAAAAGCGGGGUUUUAACUUCAUCGGAAACCAACCACCGCCACCGCCACCGCCACCGCCACCGCCACCUCCACCUCCACCUCCACCUCUAUUAUCAAUAGCUCUGAGAGUAGAACAGAGCUUGCAUCUUCAAAGAGGAUAAAACAUAAUGGCAGGGAGAAAUCGUAUGCCUAGACAUCCUUUGAAUGAUGGGCGGCGUGGAUUCCCUCCUGAACGCCCAUUUAUUCGUGGCCCAUUGCCUCCACCAUCUCACCCUGCUCUGCUGGAGGAAGAACUUGAAAUGCAGCAUAUCGAAAUGCGUAGGCUUUUGGCUGACAAUCGAAGACUAGCUGAAGAUCAUAUCGCCCUGCAGCAAGAGCUAGGUCUUGCCAAGGAAGAUCUGCAUCACAUGAAUAUGACCAUUGCAGAUAUUCAUGCGGAGAGAGAAGCUCAUUCUAGAGAGCUUAUUGAGAAGGGCUUGAAACUGGAAGCUGAUCUACGAGCAGCUGAGCCUUUGAAAAAUGAGGUUGUACAGUUGCGCAUGCAAGUCCAGAAGCUGGAUACCUCAAAGAAGGAUCUGGAUGUACAAGUACAGACUCUCACAAAAGACAUGGCAAGGUUACAAGCUGAUAAUCAACAGAUUCCCAGUUUGAGACAGGAGAUUGAUAUGCUGCACCAGGAGCUUAUGCGUGCUAGAACUGCUGUUGAGUAUGAAAAGAAGGCAAAUAUGGAGUUCAUGGAACACAGGCAGUCUAUGGAGAAGAAUUUAGUCUCCAUGGCACGUGAAAUUGAAAAGCUACAUGCAGACCUUGCGAGUGUUGAUGGUAGACCAUGGGCUGCCGGUGGAGUUUACGGGAAAAAACUCAACAGUCCUGAUGGAGGGUUUCCUUCUGCUUAUGGGAAUGGAUAUGGGGCUCAUCUGGGUAUUGCUGACAAGGGUCCUUUUUAUGGUGCUGGCUCUGGUUCAUGGGGGCUUGAGAAUCCCCGCGCUGCCCGUCGCUGAGAUCAGGAUAUUUUCCAUUUGAAGUGGACGAAGUGCAUCUGCUAUUUUGUUGCUUUCCUGUUCCCUGGGACUGAAAGGUCUAGAAGUCUCAUGUUUAUCAAUAGGUGCAUGUGGCAUCAAUUAUCUAUUAAUAGAAUGUUCUUAGCAAAUCAGAAACUUUGCUCAAAUAGGAGUUGUAAUGUGCUGCUGUUCCACCCCCCCCCCCCAAUGAAUGUUUACUGUGAAAUUUAAAGUAGGGUAUUUGACUCAAGUUCUGUUCCCUAGGAGAGUAGGAGAUAUUCCUUGGGCAUACUACCAUUUGGAUUUCUAUUGCCAUUGCCAUUGCCAUUGCCAUUGACCUUGACUUAUGUUACUUAAAUAGUGCAUAUUUUUUUA